AUGCACUCUACGCUAUUCCUCAUGGGCACAGCCCUCAUCGCGGCCGUCCUCUCAACAGGAUCUAUAGCAGGCAACACUUCUACCGACACCGUCGCCGAUGCAAACGCAUGGAGUAUCCGGCUGUUCGAGCAAGAUCGAUGCUCAGGACGUCUAGAGACAGACAUCACCGGAAGUGGCGUGAGCAGCGGAUGCCGCGUUGUGGCGCCGCCGUCAUACAUCAGCGCACGGCCCGACUUCGUCAACAUCGGCGGCGACCAGAAGCUCGAGGUCCGGUUCUACCACAGCAUGGACUGCUCCACGAACCCCAUCUUCUCCGUCUCCAAUGGAACGGACCCGCACGGAUGCUGGACCGCGGCCGUGGGCGAGGGCAUCUGGUCGUACGACGUGAAAGAGGUUGCCGAGAAUGCCUGA